AUGGCUCAAGAAUUAGAAGAAUGGACAGGUAUGGGUGACACCUGGCAGAGAGAGCUCGCCGACAUUCAGCUAGAACGAAUCGCUCUAAUGUUUGAUAGAUUCAAACAUCUCACAGAGCCCCGAGGUGUACAAGGACUGAAGAAUCUACUCGGUGCAGCCUGGAAACACGAUUUGUUACUGCAAUCAACCCUGGCAGUACCAAUCCGAACCCAGCAGCAAUUUCACUUAGAGAUUCUCAGUCUAAUUAGAUUUUCCUGCCCUCAAUCAUAUAUUUUAUCCAAAUUGGUUAAUUCGAAGGGAGUUUUCUACAAAUUAAUUCUGGAUGAACGCUCUGGUAGAGGCGUACCUUUCGCUCCAGGUCCAGGAUUCAUGAAAAAGAAUAAUCCAAAAAUUAAACGGGGAUCUUUUCAUUCUCUUGACGCUCUGAUCCUAACGGGAUCAUUUGGCAACCUCCAGGAGUUGGGUAACCAAACAAAAACACCGACCACAACUAAGGGCUUUUAUUCCUUUUCAAAUAAAUUGAGAAGCAUGUUUAAGGAUUUUAUAUACGGUAAAAAACUGGAUUCAACUUGCAAAGCCGACCAUAAAGAUCCCUUUGGAUGUCGCAUUAAUGGAGCCAGGACCGAAAGGUUUUCUGAAAAUAAAAUUUUGACCGAGAUGUGUGCCCAUAUUGAUUGGGAAAGAUGGAUUUCUGACGUUAUUGUUCAUAAUUAA